AUGGGUACAGCAUUUAGUAGCGAACAACAAAAUAUCAAUUCUACCAAGGGAACAAAAACCCGUAGACGUAGUAUACCUGAUAGGUUAUCUUCCGAAUUAUUGAAGAAAAAUUUUACUGAAAUCGAAAAUUACUCUCUAAAAGUUUGCUUUGACAAUAUUUGCUGUGUAAACGAAGAUGGAAUUGCUCACAUUGACGAAGAAUCUUUCGUGAAAUAUCUAAAUUUUGCAGAUGAUAUUGGUGUAGGGCAACUACUAUUCCGCUCUUUCACUUACCUUGCAAACUAUCCAAGU